ACUUAUUCAGACAUAUUUGAAUUUCAUAUAGGUACUGCUAUAGGCAUAACAUCUUUAUUCAUGGUAUUGAUUUGGGUACAUCAUUUGGUAAAGAAAAGAAAUCUAAUGAAACUCAGAGAAAUUUUCUUUCAACAAAACGGUGGUUUCAUGUUGCGAAAUCAACUUUCAUCGAGUCAAGGGUCGUCUUCAAGAGAAACUGCAAAGAUAUUUACCGCCCAUGAGUUAGAGGAAGCAACCAACCGAUACAACGAAGCUAACAUUUUGGGAGAGGGCGGUUUCGGCACAGUUUAUAAAGGUGUUCUUCCGAAUAAAAUAGUUGUGGCUGUCAAAGUGUCGAAAAACAUGCAAAAAGACCAUAUUGAACAAUUCAUGUCCGGCGAGAAGAAGGGUCAAGUCGAAGAAUUCAUAAACGAGGUGAUUAUUUUAUCACAAGUGAAUCACCGGCACAUAGUCAGACUAUUGGGAUGUUGCUUGGAGACAGAAGUGCCCUUAUUAGUUUACGAGUACAUCUCAAACGGAACUUUACAUGAUCAUAUACAUUCUAAAAGCAAUAAGGCCAGCUCUCACCUCAUGUCUUGGGAAAAUCGUUUGAGGAUAGCCUCAGAAACUGCAAAUGCUAUAUCGUAUCUACACUCAUCCGCUUCCAUUCCCAUAAUUCAUAGAGAUAUAAAGUCUACUAACAUCCUCUUAGAUGAGAAUUAUAUUGCAAAGGUAUCUGAUUUUGGUGCAUCAAGAUUGGUAUCCAUUGAUACAAUGGAAUUAUCGACAAUGGUGCAAGGCACUCUCGGAUACCUAGACCCCGAGUACUUGCAAACAAGUCAAUUAACCGACAAGAGUGAUGUGUAUAGUUUUGGAGUAAUUCUAGCGGAACUACUUACCGGUAGAAAUGUCCUUCGGUUUGACUGUGAAGAUUUGAAGGAUAAGAAUUUAGCCACAUAUUUUCUCUCGGCGUUAAGAGAUAAUCGUUUAGUUGAAAUUCUUGAUAAUAACAUACUCAACGAAGAAAGUUUUGAACGGGUCAAUGAAGUAGCCAAUAUAACAAAGAUGUGCUUGGGGGUAAGAGGAGAAGAUCGUCCUUCAAUGAAAGAAGUGGCAAUGGAGCUCGAAGGCUUGAGGCUAACGAGAAAACACCCAUGGAUUAAAGGCGCCGACACUGAAGAGACCUUAUGUUUGAUUGACACCUUGGAAACAUCAAACUCAUACGCAUUUGGCGAUACAAGCAUCAUAGACAUGGGCUACAAUAAUACGCAAGAACAAAUUUUGUACCCAACAAGUUUGGGGAGGUCGAGCCAGAAAACCACCCCAAAAAUGUCAAAAACCAUGCAUUGGGCCAAAUCUAUGUCAACUUUCUUCUUUCUGGUGACAAUAUUAUCGCCGGCGCCGGCAGUUUCAGUAAUGCAGCCAGGUCCGAAUUGCACCACCACAUGCGGCGGUAUCAACAUCCCUUUCCCCUUUGGCACAACCCCAGAUUGUUAUCUAAAUCCGACUUUCCUUGUUGUAUGCAACGAAACCCAUUUCAAUCCUCCCAAACCAUUUCUAAGUAAUGUAACCACCAAUCCCUUCGAACUUCUCGAUAUAAUGCCCGAUGGGCAAAUACGUGUCUCAUCACCCGUCGCUCGUAAUUGCUAUAACCAGACCGGUGGUCUGAUCGCCAAUGAGACCAGACAAGUGAGUGUGAGCGAAGUAUUGCUUCCCCAGAAUUUCUUCAUCUCCGACACAAAGAACAAGUUUAUAGGAAUCGGUUGUGAUACUGUAGUAGUAGCUGCAAGUUCAAGACUUACUUCGUAUUAUUCUGGUUGUACAUCUUUCUGCAGUACUCCUCAGGCUGUUACCAAUGGUUCUUGCUCUGGUUUCGGUUGUUGCCUCUUUUCAAUUCGCAAACAAACCAGGAAUUAUGCAAUUGCAAUAAACAGUAUAGAGGAUCAUGUCACUGUCUGGGGAUUUAAUCCUUGCAGCCACGCGUUCCUUGGCGAAACCAGCGCUUUCAACUUUUCAUUAUCCGACAUUCGUGGCCUUUUGGAUAAGAAGAGUUUCCCUGCUAUUUUGGAUUGGGGGAUUGGGAACAAGACUUGCGAAGAAGAAAGGAGGAAUUCUUCGAGUUUCGCUUGCAUGGCGGCGAAUAGUGAUUGUAUUGAUUCUACUAAUGGACCUGGCUAUUUCUGCAAUUGCUCUUCUGGGUAUCAAGGAAAUCCUUAUCUUGUUAAUGGCUGUCAAGAUGUUAAUGAAUGUCUAGCUUCAAAUCCAUGUGAUUCGAAUGCAACUUGCGCAAAUUCAGUGGGAAGUUUCUCUUGUUCUUGCUUGAAAGGAUUGGAAGGAGAUGGUUUGAAAAACGGAACAGGCUGCAGUCCAAAGAUUGAGUCUAAUGAUUCUACUACACUAAUCAUUGUUCUAAGUGUUACCGUUGGCCUCUUAGUCCUGUUAGUUGCAGGAUCUUGGAUAUAUUGGAUUCAAAGAAAAAGGAAGAUCAUAAAGCUUAAAGAAAAAUUCUUUCAGCAAAAUGGAGGCUUGUUACUACAACAGAAGCUCUCACAAGAUGAAUCAUCGUCGAGCAAUCAAACAACAAGGAUUUUCACUAUUGAGGAUCUCAAGAAGGCGACGAACAACUAUAGUGAAGAAAGAGUUAUCGGGCAAGGCGGAUUCGGAACAGUCUACAAAGGAGUAUUGACCGAUGACAGAGUUGUGGCCAUUAAGAAAUCUAAGAUAAGCGACGAAAGCCAAACAGAGCAAUUCGUUAAUGAAGUUAUCAUCCUGUCACAAAUCAAUCAUAGAAACGUGGUGAAGCUUAUAGGAUGUUGUCUAGAAACUGAAGUCCCUUCUUUAGUUUAUGAGUUCAUCACGAAUGGAACUCUUUCAGAACGCAUUCAUGAUGAUGAUUCUGCAUUCCCUUUGCUCACGUGGGAUAUGCGUUCGAAGAUAGCUGCAGAUACCGCAGAAGCAUUGGCUUAUUUGCACUCGGCAGCUUCUAUCCCGAUCAUCCAUAGGGAUAUCAAAUCCGCUAAUAUACUCUUGGAUGACAUGUAUACUGCAAAAGUUUCUGAUUUCGGGGCUUCGAAACUGGUUCCUGCUGAUCAAGCUGAAUUAGCUACUCUUGUUCAAGGGACUUUCGGUUAUUUGGAUCCAGAAUAUUUCUUUUCAAACCUAUUAACGGAGAAGAGCGAUGUUUAUAGCUUUGGGGUAGUCCUGGUGGAGUUAGUAACGGGUGAAAAGGCGUUAUCUUAUGACAGGCCUGAAAAACAUAAGAACUUGGCUAUGCAUUUUGUUUGUGCGAUGAAAGAAGAUCGAUUAAUAGAAAUUCUCGACAAUAAAAUUGCUAACAAUGAAACUGUUGAAGAAAUGAAGGAAGUGGCUAAGAUCGCACAAAGAUGUUUAAGGAUGACUGGGGAUGAGAGGCCUACAAUGAGAGAAGUGGCGACAAUGCUUGAAGGGUUAAAGAUAACUGAGAAACAUCUUUGGGAAGAGUCUAAUUCUUAUGCCGAAGAAGCUAAGUUACUUCUCGACAUAGAUUAUAAUGAGGUUCUUGGGGAUGAAAACGGUUAUUCGAAAAGCGCUGAUUUUAAUAACUUGAAAAAUCGUAUGAUGGAUCGAAUAGAUGACGGACGUUAAUUGUGAUGGGAGUUGGAAAAUAUUGCAUACACAAUCAUAUAUUGUGUUAUGUUCUCAUUCA